AUCAUUGGCCAUAUCAAUAAAUAAAUUUUCGUUAUUUUUCUUUACUCGUCGUCGUCGUCAUUCGUGUAUUGAAGAUUAUUUAUAAUGAUAUACCACUAAAUUAUUGCCGCUGUAUUGAUUAAAAUAAUCAUCGUUUAUCAAAUGAUUAAAAUUCCACACUUUUUACUUUUUGUUUUGGCUUGAUGGUAAUGUUAAAUUCCAGUGAAUCAUCAUUGAAAAAAGUAUUUUUCUUCCAAUCAAUCAUCAAUAUUUUUUUUAUAGUGUAUCUAUCAAUGAUCAGCAGAUAUAUUUGUCGUUGUAAUGGUUUUCCAUUGAUAAAUGGUCAUCAUUAUACAAAUAAUAAAAUGUUUAUAAUGGAAAAGCAGAAAAUAUUCCUGUUUUUAAUUGCUGCUGGUGCUAUAUUCAUAUUAUUACAACAAAAUUCACAAAUUUCAUCAACAGUAAAUAAUCAUUUUGUUUUAAAUAAUCCUAAUAACAUAUCAUCUUGUAAUAAUUCAACAUUGAAUCAUAUUAAAAAUCAAAGUAAUAAUAAUGAUGAAUCAAAAUGGUCGUAUAACAAAAUUGUUGAACAAUUAUCCAAAACAUUUGGAUCAUCGAAUUCGAAUUCAAAGAAUAAAACUAAUGAUGAAAAACAAUUGGAAAAACAGAAAAAACAUGAACAAAAUAUGCGUGCAAUUCGUCAUAAAUAUAAUUUUAUUGAAAAAUUUAAAAUAUUCAAUGGUAAUGAUCAACAACGUGUGCUGAUUUUGGGUUAUUUUCGUUCCGGUUCAUCAUUUAUUGGUGAUCUAUUACAACAAAAUUGGAAAAGUUUUUAUACAUUUGAACCAUUACAUUAUAUGUCAAGACAAUUACGUAUCGAUAAUAAUAAUCAAACUGAUGCUAUUGAUUUGAUUAAUGGAAUUUAUCAAUGUAAUUUUUCUAAUUAUAAUUCUGCCAUACAAUAUAAUCAAUGGAUACAUAAUCAUACAUUUCUUGUUAGAUGGAAUCGUUUUUUCUGGAAUAUUUGUAAAUUUCGUACAAUGUCUAUUUGUUAUGAUAAUGAAUUUAUGGGUGAUGUUUGUCGUCGUUCACGUUAUAAUAUAAUUAAAACAGUACGAUUACGUUUACAAGAUAUUGAAUCAUUAUAUAAACGAUUAGAAGAUGAAAAAAUUAAAAAUCUUAAAGUAAUUUAUCUAGUUCGUGAUCCACGUGGUAUUUAUAAUUCACGUAAAUCAAUGGAAUGGUGUAAUCAAGAUCAAUGUAAAAAUCUAACAAAUAUUUGUAAUGAUAUGAGAGAAGAUCUAAAUGAUUAUGAUCGUUUAAAAUCGAAAUUGAAUAAUAAUCUAUUGCUUAUACGUUAUGAAGAUAUAUCUGCAAAUCCAUUCAAUGAAACACGAAAACUUUUUCAUGAUAUUAAUCUAGAAUUUUCACAAUAUAUACAAAGAUUUCUGCGUACACAUACAACAAAUAGUACUGCGAAUCAUCAACAUCCACAACAUAAUCGUCAUCGUGGUACUGAUAAAGAUAAAGAUAAAGAUAAAAAAAAUCCCUAUUCAACAUAUCGAUUAAAUUCAACAUCAACAGCAUGGCAAUGGACAAAACAAUUAAAUCAAAGUGAAUUACAGCUGGCUGAACAAGUUUGUAAUGAUAUUAUUGAACGUUUAAAUUAUAAUAAAAUAUUACAAUCGAUUCAACAAGAAAAUUCAACUCAAAUUAAUUAGUGACAUUUCAAAUAAUCGUGAUGAUGAUUUGACUAGAUGAAAUUUUCAUCAUCUAAUGUGAUAUCGACAAAUAUAUAUUUUUUUUGCAUUUUUUCUCUUGU